AUGCGGUGCCAGCUUCUCGGUUUCGCUGGCCUUGGACUCUCCACCCCAGCCUUGGCCGGUUGGAUUGGGUCGAAUGGGGUCUGCGAGGUGGGCAUAUAUGCGCAAUAUGCUGAAUUGGCAGGGUAUGGCCCAGCUGAACAGUUCUGUGCCGGCCGUUUCCCCGAGCCAGCAGUGACCGUGACCGUAACGGCGUCGCUUGGCCAUGGUCACGGCUGGUUCGACAAGCGUUCGUGGGGACGACCGAACCCGAUCAACUCGCUGCUGGAGCAGCUCGAGCGGUUGCCAUCACAUGAGCAGGAGACUGCGUGUUCAUGCAUUGAGGUGCCCAAAACUAUCACGGUAGGUUACGGUUCAGCCCACGUGGAAGACCAAGACUCCAACGGCUACACCGACGACUGUCUCUACUACCACCGCCAGUACCAUAUCGACAACUACAACGGCUUCUCCUACCACCACAGCAACGCUGGCUACAAGCACUACAUCUACCACAACUACAACUAUACUACCUUGCCAACCACAACCACCACAAUCACUACAACUACGACCACCACCACCACCACCACUACCACUACCACUACCACAGGAUUCACAGCCUGCCCAACCGCCUCAGCCAUCGUCCCCGGCCCCGGCUGCGGCGGCUGCCAGUGGACCGUCUACUGCGGCCAACAGCUGACGGCGCUCGACUCGAACCCGAACUGGGACAUCCUCACACAGCCGGACUACGAGUCGUGCCUGCGCGAGUGCGACGACAACGGCUUCUGCACCGCCUUCACCUACAACGCCGCCACAAGCGAGUGCCGCCAGUUCCUGUACUCGAACGAGGUCGUCGCGUCGCCGGCGCCCGGGUGGGACAGCGGCGUCUUCAUCGAGGAAACGUGCGGCAGCACCAGCUGUGAGGCGUACGAGUGUCCGAGCGAUAAUCCAGAGUGUCCGUUGACGUGA